AUGAUCGGCGUCAUCUUGGCUGCUCUGGCGUUGGCCUCUGGGGCCUUCAGUUGUGGGGUUCCGACCUACCAGCCCAACCUUUCCAGAGUAGUUGGAGGGGAUGAUGCCAGAGCCAACAGCUGGCCGUGGCAGGCCUCCCUUCAGUACUCUUCCAGUGGCACAUGGCGUCACACCUGCGGAGGGACCCUCAUAGCGACCAACUGGGUCAUGACAGCCGCACACUGCAUCAGUUCUUCUCGGACCUAUCGUGUGUACCUGGGCAAGUACAACCUCACGGCCAGCGAGAAAGGAUCCGUGGCUGCUACUCCAGCAAAGAUCAUUGUUCAUCCUAACUGGGACUCCAGCAGGGUAAGGAAUGACAUCGCACUGAUCAAGCUGGCAGAACACGUCACCCUGAGUGACCAGAUCCAACCAGCGUGCCUCCCACAGGCCAACAGCAUCUUAGCCAAUAACUUUGCAUGUUAUGUGACGGGAUGGGGAAGACUCAUAACCAACGGUCCCUCCCCGCAAGUCCUGCAGCAGGGCCGUCUGCUUGUGGUGGACCACGCAACCUGUUCCAAGUCCGGCUGGUGGGGCAGCACGGUGAAAACCAACAUGGUGUGUGCUGGGGGUGAUGGCAAGAUUUCCAGCUGCAAUGGGGAUUCAGGGGGUCCGCUCAACUGCAAGUCGUCUGGCAAGUGGGAAGUCCAUGGUGUCGUCAGUUUUGGUUCUGCUCUUGGCUGCAAUUACUACCAGAAGCCGUCCGUUUUCACUCGUGUCUCUGCUUUUAACACCUGGAUUGCUGAGGUGAGUGAUAAAUCUUGUGCCGUGGCCCUUCUCACUACUUAA